AUGGGCCUGGAGCCCGGGCCCCGAUCGCAGUCCCGUUCCCGUGUCCCGACUGGGGCUCUGCCCCGUGUCCCGUUCCCGUAUCCCAGCCGGCCCCCCACACUCCCUCACAUCACCGUGUUCCCUCCCCCAGGUGUGAAGGUGAAGGGGAAGAGCACUCCAAAGGAGCAGCUGAAGGGGCCGGAGGUGUGCACAGAUCCCGUCACGUUGGCCAACUACGCCGUGGGGGUCAAUUACCUGAAGGACAGCCCCGAGGUGGCCCUGAAGCCUGACUCUGAGUACCCUGAGUGGCUGUUCCAGAUCUACCUGGGUCCCCCCAAGAAGCUGGAGGAGAUGGACCCCGACUCCCUCGAGUACUGGAGGCGCCUGCGGAAGUACAACUCGUGGCAGCGCAACAAGCUAAAGAAGAGCAGGAAGCUGUGAGGGGCUGUAACAAGGCAGCAGGUGUUGGAGUUGGUGUUGGCUCUGGGGCAGCUCCUACUGCUGGUCCCAUCUUCUCACUACAGACUGACAAUAAAUCUCAGCUGAGGCCUCUCACAGAAACUGUGGCAUAA